AUGGAGGCAUUGAAGAUGAGACUCUUCGCUGUUGUGAUCCUCAUGGUCUUGGCUGUCUCAGCGGUCCAGAAUGUAGCAAUAGCUGAAGCUCCAACAUCGGCUCCCACUUCCGAUGCGGUCUAUAAUCUACGAACUAAGCUCCGAUGA